ACAAGCUAAAAUGAGAAGCAUGCUCCACAUCUUAGCAUCUGACACGCCACAGAAAUGGGUAACAUUGCAUGUUCUGGGUUCUAGCUUCACACAUUCCUAUGUAUUCUAAAUUCAUCAGUUACUGGAUAAUAUAAAAAACCCAGGCCUGGCAGUUGUAGCUCAAGCCCAGAAGUCCCUCCUCACGGUUAAGUGCUUUCUCUCUUAGGUUACAGGGUUAGAAUUAGAGGUGUUCAAAUUAUUUCAGAUCACCGGAGAAGAGUUGGGUGUGGAGUAGGAGUAGAAAGUUAGGCGUGAACGUGCAUUAAUUGCUGAGAAGCAGCACACAUCACACUGGCUCCUCCCCAUCUACUUAAUUUGAUGCUUAGUCUGAAAAUAAAUUCUGCAAGAGAAAGCAACCUCUGUUAACCUUUGGGAGCAUAUAGCAUUUCCUUCAUUUCUCUUGAUACGUAAAGCUUUGUUUUUCAGGCUUUAAUGCAACAGCAAUGGCUUGCCCCCAGCCAUUAGAUGAGCUUGUCUUUUUUGUGAAUGGCAGGAAGGUAACAGAGAGGCAGGCAGACCCUGAAGAAUUGCUGCUGUAUUAUCUAAGAAAGAAACUCCGUCUCUCAGGUACAAAAUAUGGCUGUGGAAUAGGAGGAUGUGGUGCCUGCACUGUGAUGAUAUCCACAUAUGAUCCAGUUGCCAAGCAGAUACAACAUCAUCCUGCUAACUCCUGCCUUCUCCCCAUAUGCUCUCUGCAUGGUGCUGCUGUCACUACUGUGGAAGGGGUUGGAAGCAUAAAAACCAGGAUUCAUCCAAUUCAGGAAAGGCUUGCCAAGUGCCAUGGUUCCCAGUGUGGCUUCUGCACCCCUGGAAUGGUGAUGUCCAUAUAUGCCUUACUGAGAAAUCAUGCCAAACCUUCCAUGGAGCAGAUAAUUUCUGCUCUGGAUGGUAAUUUAUGUCGUUGUACAGGAUACCGGCCAAUUAUAGACAGCUGCACAUUUUUUGUUGGGGAGCCAGCAUGUUGCCAGCUCAGAGGUACUGGACAGUGUUGCUUGGAUAAGGAAGAAUGUGUGUGUACAUCUUCUACAGAAGGUCAAAUUCAUUCAGGUCUUUGCAGUCCAGAAGAAUUCCCAUCCAUGGAUCCAACACAGGAAUUUAUAUUUCCUCCUGAACUAAUGAGGAUGGCUCAAGAGCAGCAAAAAAGAACUUUGGUUUUCCGUGGCAAGAGAACAACAUGGAUUUCUCCCCCUAGCCUGAAGGAGCUUCUGGAGCUGAAAGCCAAGUAUCCAAAGGCACCCCUGGUUGUGGGGAACACCAGUGUGGGACUCAAAAAAAAUCACCAUGGUACCUAUUAUCCAAUCAUUCUUCAUCCUGUUAGGAUUCCAGAGAUGCAUGUUGUGAGUAGCACAAACAAUGGGCUAGUAAUAGGAGCUGCCUGCUGCUUGGCCCAGCUCAGAGACAUCCUGACGGAGGCAGUCACAAAACUUCCACAGGAGAAAACAAAAAUCUACCAAACUCUCUUGCAACACCUGAGAACUCUAGCUGGAGAACAGAUCAGGAGCAUGGCAUCUUUAGGAGGACACAUUGUAAGCAGGGGAUCAACAUGGGACUUGAACCCAAUCUUAUCAGUUGGCAAAUCUGUCCUCAACUUGGCAUCAGAAGAUGGUGAAAGACAGAUUCUUUUAAAUGAUCAGUUUCUUGCUGGCUGUGAGAAUGCAGACAUAAAGGCCAAGGAGGUCAUUGUUUCUGUUCUCAUCCCAUACUCGCUGAAGGAUGACUUUAUUUCAGCCUUCAGGCAGGCUGAAAGUCAGAAAAAUGCUUUUUCCAUAGUGAAUUCUGGAAUGAGAGUCCUCUUCAAUCCAGGCACAGAUACUAUUGCAGAUCUGAGUAUUUUGUAUGGAGGCAUUGGCUCAACCACGAUCAGUGCAAGGAAGUCCUGCAAGAAGCUCAUAGGAAGGCAAUGGAAUGAUCAGAUGCUGAAUGAAGCUUGCAGACUGGUGCUGGAGGAAAUUUUCCUCCCUCCAUCAGCUCAGGGUGGAAAAGUGGAAUAUAGAAGAACUCUGCUUGUCAGCUUCCUUUUCAGAUUUUACCUGAAAGUGUUACAUGGUUUAUAUCAGAUGUAUCCCUUCAGGUAUGCUGAGCUCUCACAGGAGAGGAUGAGUGCUUUGGGAUUGCUACAAAGUGGUGCUCCCCAGGGUGUCCAGAUCUAUCAGGAUGUUGACCCAGGACAGUCUCCACAAGAUCCUGUGGGCCGUCCCAUCAUGCACCAGUCUGGUAUUAAGCAUGCCACUGGUGAAGCAGUUUACAUUGAUGACAUUCGUCCAGUGGAUGGAGAACUUUCACUGGCUGUGGUCACCAGUAUUAAAGCCCAUGCAAAGAUUAUAUCAAUUGAUGCAUCAGAAGCCCUUCAGGUGCCAGGAGUGGUUGAUGUUGUGACAGCAAGAGAUAUUCCGGGGGAAAAUGGCAAGGAUGAGCAAGCAUAUGCAGAAGAUAAGGUGAUUUGUGUUGGUCAGAUAAUCUGUGCUGUGGUUGCAGAGUCACUGACUCAGGCAAAGUGUGGGGCUGAGAAAGUGAAGAUAGUGUAUGAAGAUCUGGAGCCAGUUCUGACCAUUGAGGAUGCAAUAAAACAUAAUUCAUACAUUACUGAAGAAAGGAAAAUAGAAAAAGGAGAUAUUGAGAAAGGAUUCAAGUCUGCUGAUGGAAUCAUAGAAGGUGAAUUGCACACAGGAGGACAGGAACAUUUUUACCUGGAAACAAAUAGUGUGCUUGUUAUUCCAAGGGUGGAGGAUAAAGAAAUGGAUGUGUAUGUGUCAAGUCAGCACGUAACAGGUGUACAGGAAUUAGUGGCUUCAGCUUUAAACCUCCAGUCCAAUAAAAUUAUGUGCCAUGUGAAACGUGUUGGUGGAGCAUUCGGUGGGAAGAUUACUAAACCUUCACUCUUUGCUGUAGUUGCAGCAGUGGCAGCCAACAAGACCGGGCAUCCAGUUCGUUUUGCCCUUGGAAGAAAUAUGGAUAUGUUGAUCACUGGUGGACGGCACCCUUUCUUUGGAAAAUAUAAAGUUGGAUUCAUGAAUGAUGGUAGAAUCAUAGCUGCCGAUUUUCAGUGCUAUAUAAAUGGUGGCUGUACAACAGACGAGUCUGAAUUGGUGAUUGAAUACAUUGUGUUGAAAGUGGACAAUGCAUAUAAUAUCCCAAAUCUCCGAGUCAGGGGCCAUGCCUGCAAGACUAAUUUGCCUUCCAACACUGCCUUUCGUGGAUUUGGGUUUCCCCAAGCAGGUCUGUUUAUGGAGACAUGUAUUGUGGCUGUGGCAACCCAAACUGGCCUACCACAUGAGAAGGUUAGGGAAAUAAACAUGUACAAAGGAGUUAACCUAACAUCCUUCAAAGAAGAGUUUAAUGCAAAGAAUCUGUGGAAAUGUUGGGAAGAAUGUUUGGACAAGUCUGACUACUACAACCGAAAAGCAAUGGUGGAAGAAUUUAACACAAAAAAUUACUGGAGAAAGAAAGGGAUUGCCAUCAUUCCCAUGAAGUUUUCUGUUGGAUUUAAUGAAACUUAUUUUCAUCAGGCUGGAGCUCUCGUCCAUAUCUAUAUAGAUGGGUCUGUGCUAGUCACUCAUGGUGGAAUUGAACUGGGACAAGGAAUUCACACUAAGAUGUUACAGAUUGUCAGUCGUGAACUGAAGAUACCAUUGUCAUAUAUACACUUCUGUGAAACAAGCACGACAACUGUACCUAAUGGCAAAUACACAGCAGCAUCAGUUGGAACAGAAAUCAAUGCAAGAGCAGUCCAGGAUGCUUGUCAAAUCCUUUGGAAGCGUCUGGACCCUAUACGAAGAGACAAUCCUAAUGGCAAAUGGGAAGACUGGAUCAGUGAAGCUCACAAACAAAGCAUCAGUCUUUCAGCUACUGGCUAUUUCAAAGGUUAUGUAACAAACAUGAACUGGGACACACAGAAAGGCCAUGCGUUUCCGUAUUUUCUCUUUGGAGUUGCGUGUUCUGAAGUAGAAAUAGACUGUUUGACAGGAGCCCACAAGAAUAUCAGAACAGACAUUGUCAUGGAUGCGUGUUUUAGCAUAAAUCCAGCUAUAGAUAUAGGACAGAUUGAAGGGGCCUUCAUUCAGGGAGUUGGUCUUUAUACAUUAGAAGAAAUCUACUUUUCCCCAGAAGGAGAGCAGCUAACUCUUGGCCCAGAUACAUACAAGAUUCCUGCCAUCUGUGACAUUCCUGAGCAGUUCCAUGUCUAUUUACUGCCAAAUUCAUGCAACUCCAUUGCUAUCUAUUCUUCCAAGGGCAUGGGAGAGGCUGGAUUCUUCCUCGGCAGCUCAGUGUUCUUUGCAAUACGAGAUGCAGUGGCUGCUGCACGGAAGGAAAGAGGACUGCCCCUGGACUUCACACUGAACAGCCCCUUGACUGUUGAGCAAACUCGCAUGGCCUGUGCUGAUGUCUUUACUGAGAUGAUUCCAAAAGAUAAACCUGGAACCUAUAAGCCAUGGGCCAUCAAUAUAUCUUAAUACUGCUUUCCUAAGUACCAAGCAACUAGGUGACUCCUUCAGCCACUUACUGACUGAAAGCUUUCCUGCAAGAAAGAACUGUAAUACUUACACACCCCGAUAUAUAUAUAUAUAUCUGUCUUUGUAGAAUGAGAACAAGCACCAGUUCUCUUGUCAUGCCAUGUAAGAGACCUCUUAUUUUGAAACAUACGUGUCUUUCUAAAUCAAAUUGUGUUCCAUGCUACACUGGAAUAAUUCUGGAGUUACCCCACGAACUUGCAAGAAUUCACCUGCGAUUUUGAAAAUACCUGCAAUGAAGAGCAGGUCACAAAUAGUACCAUUUUGCCACUUCUGCAUCUAGUUUGAGAUUCAUAACUAUUGUUACCCACUCUUUCUGUUCUUCUGGUACUUGAAAAUCCCGAGGAUCAGAACUAGACACUGUACAAACUAGUGAUAAGCAAUAUAUCAAUGUUACAGUAGAGCAGAAAUGGCAAAAGUUUUCUAGACACUGCUGUAUUAUUAUUACCACAGUGACCACAUAAUACCGCAGCAUAGCUCUUUGCUUCCUGGCAGACCACCUCAGACCUGAUCCAUACCACUAGUUCUCU